UGCAUGAUCUGUAGGGGAAACAAUUUGUAAUAGCACAACUCGCUAAUAGUGCAUUUACACAGCCACCAAUAUGGGAGAACGGAAAGGGACAACAAGUAUUACCCUCCAGACUUCGAUCCUGCAAAGCAUGGAUCCCUCAACCGAUACAAGAACAGUCACCCUUUACGGGAAAGGGCAAGGAAGCUGUCCCAAGGCAUCCUUAUUAUCAGGUUUGAGAUGCCGUAUAAUAUCUGGUGCGAUGGAUGCAAGAAUCACAUAGGAAUGGGUGUGCGUUACAAUGCAGAGAAGAAAAAAGUGGGAAAUUACUACACAACUCCCAUUUACAGGUUUAGAAUGAAGUGUCACCUGUGUGUUAACUACAUUGAAAUGCAGACAGACCCGGCAAACUGUGAUUAUGUCAUUGUCAGUGGAGCUCAAAGGAAAGAAGAACGCUGGGACAUGAAUGAGAAUGAGCAGAUACUUACUACAGAACAUGAGCAGAAGCAGCGUUUAGAAACGGACUCAAUGUUUCGAUUGGAGCAUGGGGUGGCUGACAAAGAAAAACUACAGCGAGCUGUCCCCUCCUUGUCAGAGAUUCAGGAAGUGCAGAGUGCCUGGAAGGAUGACUUUGCUAUCAACAGCCUGCUGAGAAGCAAGUUCAGGGAGGAAAAGAAACAAAUACAGGAAGAAGAGGAAAAGGAUCAAUUGCUGCUCAAGAAGACAUCACUGGAUCUUCAGCUUCUCCCUGAGACUGAGGAUGACAAAAAACUUGCAGCAUUACUGAAAUACCGGAGCUUAGAGUCAUAUGAGGAGAGACAGAAAAAAAAGCGGUCAGAGAUCUGCAGUCGUUCAUGGUUCUCUCCUGGAGGAGGAAAUAAGCAACAGACAGGUAGUAACACCUUGAGAAAACUAGUGAUCAAACCCAAAUCGCCAUCUUUAAUUGGGACAGAUGCUCUUGCGCUUGGAGUUGUGCGGAGAAAAUCCACAGAAAGCAGCGAAAAUAGGAACUUGCAAAAACAAACUGAGGGUGGAAGUAGGAAUGAGAAACUGGAGAUCUUCAACGGCGAGGGGAGUGGGACGAUAGACAUGGCUGAUGUCUGUAAAACGGGGAUAAAGGACCAAGAACAGGAAGAUAAAGCAAUUUGUAACCAAUUAAAGAGUGAGAAAGAACCCAUGAACACCCAAGCUCUCAGUACAAUACACAAUUCUUCCCAUUGUCAAAAUUCUUCUAAACCUCCUGCACCGGUCUCCUGUCUUGUGCCUGAUUAUACAGAUUCCAGCUCUGAGUUUGAAGACUAGUGCACAUUAACAAACACAGAAGCCGGGCAGAUCCUACCAGAACAUUUAUUUAUACAAACCAAUACAUGUGUAAUAAACAUUUUUAUUUCCAGAA